UUCUGACCCUCCUUUGCCACCAUGGCGGAGUCCGGUCUCCUCGACGACGUCGACGUCGAAGCGCCGCUGCUUUGGGACCUGGAUGACAACGUCGGCGCCGAUGCUGCUGCGGGGCGGAAAUGUAAACUCCGGGUGGAUCUCAUUCCCUUGCUACGGAUCCUGCGUCCUCGAUUGCUCUCCUCAACUCUGAUGCAAAUGCCAAGCAUUUUGGCAGCCAUCCCCAAGCAUUCUCAGGCACGAGAAACACAAGAGAGGCCUCCAGACUAUUCCAAGCUCGAGUCCUGGAGUGCCCAUCCUCAGCGUUUGCCCGGUCGAGCAGUGGAAGAUGUGAACCAUUUGAAGCUCCCGGAUGAGACGAUUGUGCCGCCAAAGCUGCGGCCCUGCGAUUGUUUCUUCGUGCACGAUUCCACCCUGAUUCCAGCGAUCUCUUCGCCCUUCGGAACGCCGCCACGAUGGAACGCGCCACUUCGAGAGCCUGCAGAGUUGGUGUCAAAGAUCAAUGAACAAACCGACCUGCGGGUGGCGGCGGGCGCGGCGCCCUUCAACCGCCUUUGCCGGAUCUAUGCUCCGCGGUACCGGCAGGUGAAUGUGAUGUGCAUCGCCUUAAUGAUGCCUCCAUCUCCAUUUGCGCGAUGGAAGCAGCUCGAACAGGCCUUGGAAGUGGCAUACCAGGACGUCCGUCGCGCCUUUGUGCGCUUUAUCGAGGAGACGAGGGGCAGGCCUUUCUUCAUCGCCGGGCACAGCCAAGGCACGAUGCACCUGACCAGAUUGUUGCAAGAGGAGAUCGAUCCCUUUCCCAGUCGCGCGCGGCGCUUCCUCCACGGCUAUCUCGCCGGGCAAACGGUCCCUUUGAGCAUCUUCCAAGCGAUGAAACAUCUGCGUCCAUCAGCGUGCGCCACAGAUCUCUGCAGCAUCUCCAGUUGGAGGACGGCUCCACCUGGAGUGCUGGUGGUGGUGGUCUGUGGAUUGAUCUUCCAUGCUGGACGAGGUUGGAAAAAACUUCGCCGUGAGAUCUUGGCCACGAACCCCAUCAGCUGGCGCAGCGGCGUGUCGCCUUCCUCCAAGGUCAUCCUCCAAGUAGGCCUACCGCCACCGUCGCGUCCGUUUCGCAACGAUGCGCGCCUUUCUCUGCGGCAGCGGCAGCACGGCAGCCAUGGCGACGCAGAGCUACUGCGCGCGGGUGGUGGAGAAACUUGGCGCCACGGGGCGCCGGCGCCGGUUGUGGGGAUGACCGGCAAGCCGCCGGAAAAGUUGCUGCUGGCCUACCUGGGCACGCCAAUGUACGACCUGGAAAAGUUUCGAAAACGUCUCACCGAUCCCUUCAUCGCCAUGGGCGUCAAGAUCCAUCCGGUGAAUCUGGUGGAGACGCAACACUUUUCGGAGGAAGAUCGACAACAGAUGUUGAAAAGCGACAUCAUCUUAGUGAGUGGUGGCAACACGUUAUAUGCCAUGGACCUGUGGAGAGCCCUGGGUGUGGUGAAUGUUCUGGUGGAAAUGAAGGAAAAGGCGGUCUUUUGCGGAGGUUCCGCCGGUGCCAACUGUUGGUUCGACGGUGGCCAUUCAGAUUCCAUGGACCCCAUGACCUUCCGACGGAGCUGCUGGGACGUCAAAAAUGGGGGCGCAAUGCCGCAAGGCGCCCCUGGGUGA